AUGGAAGACAUCGGCAAGAGAGCUCUCACCGGGUUGCAAGACCGACUCGAUGAGCUGAGAGACUUGGCAAAUUUCAUCCCGCACGCUCCAAAGCUACCCACCUCGACAGGCCCGCCAGGCGGAGGUGAAAACGACGAGGGUGGGGAAGAUGGUGACAAUAACGAUGAUGACGGUGAGGAUAACAACGAUGACGGUGAAGAUAACAAUGAUGAUGGUGAAGACAACGACGAGGAUGGUGAAGAUGACGAGGGCGGCGAAGACAACAAUGAUGAUGGAGAAGAUGAUAACGAUGACGGCGAAGACAACGACGAUGGUGGUGAAGAUAACGAGGGUGGCGAAGACAAUAACGAUCAGACGACUACCGCUUCUUCAUCGCUGUCCACCCAGAGCUCCAGCUCAUCUUCGUCCUCAGAGUCCUGCACGCAGUCGACCACUACGGAAGAUGUCUAUGUCACCUGUUCUGCUACAAGCACGAUCCCGGCUUCUGGAACGACUUCUCCUGGAACAGCAUCUCCAUCUUAUGUGUGUAUCACCAAAACCUCCACGAUUAGUGGCUGCAGCGUUACUGGGGCUACCAGUACCACUUCAUCUCUGGCAACUGAAACUGCAACAUCGAUCCCCGUUUGCAUGGUAGAGAGCUGUGGUGCUGAAUGUGGCCUGGGUAGGCGGUCGCUCGCCGCCGUCAAUGAGAGCGUGUUUGAGAUCGAGAAGAGAGUGUUCCCUCCCAGCAACUCAUUGCGGGGCGGCUUUGGCGUGUGGAUGAACACUAUGCUUGGAAAACUCGACAGCGACGAGGACAAUCGUAUUGUCCCACUAGAGGGCAGUUAUGCGAAGAAGCCGAACGGUGAACCAGAUACAAGUCGUGACUAUCCUGGUGCGACAUCCUGGAAGACCGUUGAGUUUCACAAGACGUGGACUGGCCUGGGCCUGAGAGGAUUGAUGGGCUGCACAGCCAUAAUCGUGGUAUCCAAGAAGGGCGCCUUCAUGGCUCAUACUUGGGAGGCACCAGGAUGGUUGCGCAAGCCCCGCCCCGACGAGACUCACAAUGAACUGCAGGAAUCAGAUUUGUCACUCUGGGCGCGGGACGUGAAAGUCGCGCCUUUCGCUCUGUCAUACAGAACCCCGGACAACAAGAAAUGGCGAGGUAUAAGCCACCUCCACGCGCCUGGCGAGAUUCUGGAAGAGCCGUUGCAUGCCUUCCUCGUCUCUCCCUACCACGGAAGCGGCCAAUACCGCUCCUGGAGGGCUGCCCAAACCCGAACCUUCAGAUAUGAGGCACGCCUGGAGAUGCUGCAGUAUCAUCUAGGUUACGAAACUGGACUCGCUGAAGGGGCCAUAGAAAUUGAAGGAUAUACUCCAGCCGGCAAAGAGAGGCUUGAAUCGGGGUUCCACGCUAAUGGUCGGGUUCUCAUCGAGUACGAUCCUGAAGCGAAGAAGACAACAUCUGAAUAUAGAGACGAUAAGGGCAAUAUUUGCAAAGACGAAAAGAUUGAGGCAGGGCUCCGAAUCUGGGUUGACGAAAACGAACUGGUGUAUGAGAAGUUGUGGGAUCCUCUGGAACACCAGAAGGAUGAAGACGAUGGCUCAAGCACCCCACGACCCCCGGGACGUCGCGGUAUUGGUUCUUCGCUCGCAGAGCGCCUGUUUGGCUCUUGGGGAUCACGAGCACGCCGUCAAGACAACAUGCCAGUGUGCAGUAAGGAGAGCACCGAAUCGGGCUCAGCUACAACAUCAACGACAUCGUCUUCAAUCUCUAGCAGCAACAGCAGUUCCAUGGCCACGAUCACGCCCAGCAGCUCCUCAAGUUCAGCAUUGUCUCUGAAUUCCAUGAAGCCAACGCCCGUUACCACCCUGACCCACCUUGGCUGCACGAUCAUGGCCUGGGGAGGCGGCGCGACGCCCCGUGCAUCGUACUGUGAAUGCGCUGGUGAGAACAAUGUUGCCACCUUGGCAACCCAUGAUGGAUCCAUCGCUUGCGAAGCCUGGCCUAUCACGACGAGCACCCUCAUCGUCGACACCGAGGUCGCUACUUCGACGACCACGUCGAGAUCAGUGGGCUCCUACACAACAGAGUUUCCAACCGCGGUAUGCCCUUGGAAGAUGGCGAACAACCCUGGCUGCACUUCCUUCACCGAAACCAGAGUCUUCUCGACCCAUGCGGAUUUGACGAAUGAAGUCCUGUCGACGAAGACCAUAUCGUCCUGGUCCGAGUUUGUGGCUACGCCAGUGUGGUGGACCACUACCAAGACGUCUGUCUACGUCAUCAACACUGAGGUGCAUACUUUCACGACCACCUCUGACGAUGCGACACUUACGGUCCUGUCGACGACGGUUGUGUCGUCGUGGUCUAGUAUCGUGCCUACGGAGACGGGGGUCCAAUGGUGGACGAAGUUGUAG